AAUAAUAUGCAUAUUCCAAGUAUAAAAUGGGUCAUAAUUCUGUCAAAUGAUUGAUACAGUUGUCUGCUCUUGUUUAUAGGUUGGGGUCAUGUUGGUGAAGAAGUAUGCAAAAUAUGAAAGCAAUAUGUCAAGGGACAUUGAAAAUAAUUGGGGUAGUACGCAAACUGUAACAUUUGUUCGCUCACGGAAACGCCAACGGCAACGCAAACGCCGACGCCGGGGUCAGUAGGAUAGCUCCACUAUAAAUAUUUCAUAUAUAAUAGUCGAGCUAAAAAGGAAAAAAAGUAACCCUCAACAGGGCUCGAACCACUCACCCCUGGAUUCCUGGAGUAAAAAGCCUCCCGCCUAGACCACUCGACCAUGCACGCUCGUGUCGAGCUAAAAAGGAAACAAAGUAACCCUCAACAGGGCUCGAACCACUCACCCCUGGAUUCCUGGAGUAAAAGCCUCCCGCCUAGACCACUCGACCAUGCACGCUCAUGUUUAAAACAAAUGUAUUUCUUAGCUAUAUAAGCAAUCCUCGUAGUUUCCCAAAAUAUCGUUUCGCGUCGAUACGACGCUUUUAUCUGUUGGACGGCCCCUUUUAAUGUCGAAGUAUUCAGCCACAAUACCAUUUAGCGAAAGUGAUAAUUGCUGAUAUUAGAACACACCGUCGUGACUGAACUAAUUCGACAUCGCUAAAUAGGCUUAGAUUGCAGCAAUCUUAUUAUUGACAGUCUGUUGUUUCCCAUCAUGUUGAGGUACAAGACUGUCCGAUAUACGACAGGUAUUUAUUUAAGCAGAAACAAGUUCGGAAGUAACUUCGCAUUAUUCGAUUGAACGUUAGCCAGAGCAGACGUUUGAGAGGAGCGGGACCAUUUUUUUCCGAAAGACACACACACCUCGCAACUGAAAACUAGCAAGAUGAUGCCAAUAAUUCGUACAUACUUUCUGAUUCAGAUGAUGCUCUUCGUUGGCGUAACAACCGGAUUCCUAUUUGACGACAAUAGCUGUACGACAGGCAACAACUGUACAUGCAACAACGAAAUAAUAUCGUGCUAUUCAAAAGGAUUGAUAGAUGUCCCACUAUUUAAUAUAACCGGUACAUAUAUUUCCAUUCGGACACUGGAUUUUGGUUAUAAUGCCAUAAACACACUUAGAAACGGCAGAUUUAGUUUCUUGCGAAAUCUAACAACAACAUCGAUGGAAGUAAAUUUCAACAGUAAUAAUCUUUCUUCUAUGGAAGACAUGUGUUUUGAAGAACUUAAAACUGCUAUUGUAUAUUUGAGACUAGGAUACAACAACUUAAAAACAAUUCCUAUGGCGAUUUCUUCUUUGACAAAUUUACGUACGUUGGACCUAGGAUUUAAUCCCAUAAUACAAUUCGAUCCGAGCGUCCUUUUUAGUAUUGGUGACACACUUGAAAAGCUUGUAUUAUCGCUGACCAAAGUAAAUCGAUGGCCAGAGGAAUUACAUUUCCUUUACAAUUUGCAAGAUUUAGAAAUCAAUCAUUUUAGUGCAAAAACAAUUACAGCGUCAGAUUUCCAAUACAUGACGCAGAUUAAAUCCUUGAACACUUUAGUAAUUCAAAACACAGAUUUAAAGGAAUUUCCUGCUGCUUUUUGUGACUUAUCGAGCGUACAAACUUUAAAUCUCGACUAUAAUAAUUUUACUGGUCGGGGAAACGAUAUGUUUAGCACUUGUCAUAGACCUUUAUCCAAUAUCUCCACUCUAAGUUUGCACACGAAUCAAUUGGAAUAUUUUCCCGAUUUAGGCACAGCAUUUUCUGCAACAAAAUCUCUAAACUUACAAAACAAUAACAUACGAUAUAUCUCCAAUGAGCUAACUGCAAUGCCGUUCUUAGAAAACCUAUACCUAGACAACAACAAAUUGUGCCAUAUACCGUCGACAUUGGCAUCCAUAGCACCUAAUCUUCGAUACCUUUACCUUACAAAUAACUUCAUUGAUGAAAUUGAUAAUCAGGCUCUUGGAGCAUUGUCAAAUCUGUGGUAUCUUUACUUAUUAGGAAAUCCAUUGGAAUAUGUUGCAGAGCAUGCAUUUUCUCACAAUCCGGCUUUAACGUUUAUAAUUGUUGUGUCUACCAAACUCUCGACAAUUCCUUGCGCACUUUCUAUCACCUCUCAUCAGCAAAUAUAUUAUUAUCCUGAUCGAAUCGAAUGCGAUUGCCGAAUGAAAUGUUUAAAAAAUAUUACUUUAUCAAAUCUAAAACUUAAUGGUCAAAGCUGUCUUCAAACUAAUAUAACUAUUGAACACUUCAUUAACAAUGUAAUCAAAGCCGAUAAGUGUGGUUAAUUUGAAGAACUUAAGUUCAAAAUAUAAAAACAACAAGGUAAUCCAACGAUGGAACAGCAAGCUUGAACACCACAUAUCACAAGUUAUGUUUCAAUGUAAUAUAUCGACAUUUGCAUUAUAAUUUUAAAAUCUCAAAUCUAAGUUAUAACUUUAAAUAAUUGUAUACGGUUAAAAUUAUCUCCCGGUAUUAAUACCAACCAUCAUGUAUGCAGUCAUAAGGCAUAUUUCUACGUUCUAUAGCAUAUGUAUGAUUUAUUGCCAAUAUAUUACAUUUAUUACGCUACAUGUUUUUCUUGUCAUUAUUAACUAAAUCAAUUGAAAUUCGUUUAAAAUUAUUUGUUUUUUUUUGUUCAUGAGAAUAUAUCUAGUGUUAUUUAUAUAUCUGUUUCUUAAAUGUUACUUUUUUAAGAAACAACUUGUAGUUUGUUUGUUAUUUUGCGUACAUGUGUUGCGAUCGUCUAUUGAAAUAUCAAGCGCUGCUAAAACAAUUGUUGUAUAAUGAUUGUAAGUAUCAUAAAGAAAUAAGUGUUUGUGAAAAAAAAUGAAGCUUUCUUUAUGUUCAAUUUUGUUUGACAUAAAUAUUGAACAUUUUUAGCAGUUUUGAUUAAGUGCUAAUAUACUCGAGAAAUGUUUGUUAUAAGGAAUAAUUGGACAAUGCAUGGUGUUUUAUGUUUUCAAAUAUGCUUUGUGUAUGCUUUAAUGAUUUACAAUUGUUAAACAUAUGUCGCGAAAACAUAUAUUAACUAUGUAAUACCUUAAUGUAUAUAUUUUUGGUAUGCAAAACCCUCAUUGUAGUUUUCAUAUUUUGUAUGCCUUAAUGUUGUUAUGUCAUUUUAAAGCAUGGUACUAUAAUCUUAUAUGUAGGAUGACUUGAAACAACGCUUAACUAAAACAGAAAAGCAUCAUUUGAGUACAGAAUAACUUCAACGCAUGCCAUGAACAUCUAUUUUAUAUCUAAUUACAAUGUAUUUUAGUUUUUGCAGACUUUAUAAAUGUUAUUUUAUUUAUUGCAAUGUGCCAUUAGGUCGCUCUAUUUUAUAUCUAAUUAUAGUGUAUUUUAGUUUUUGCAGACUUUAUAAAUGUUAUUUUAUUUAUUGCAAUGUGCCAUGUGUGAUUAGUGUGUAGUUUAAAACUAAAUUAAAUUACUAUUAAGAGGAUCAUUAGGUUGUUCAUACAAAAAGUUAUUUUAUAAAUUAGUUAUUAAAAUUGGCGUACGAAAUACCUAUAUUAUAUGUAUUGUUAAACAACAAGCAAUUUUAUCAUAUUUGAAGUGUAUGGUUUAUCUUUGUGGCGUCCUGUCAAAGAUCUUAGCUAAAAAGGAAAAAUACUAUGUAUAGAAUUAUUGUUGGCAUGUGGUCAUUCCGUUUACAGCAUGUAUGAUUGUGAGAUAAUGGAUUGAUUCGCGUUUCAAUGAUUUUGUCUCAUAUUAUGAACUUGAUUUUGAAGACACGUUACUCGCGUGUAUGUUAAGGUACUUAUGUACUUGUGUACGCUAUAAGUUUAAUAACUAUUAGUUGUAUAAGUUAUAAUGUGUCUUUUAAUUUGUAAAUACGAUUGAACUAAAUCAAUAAAUUGCAUGGAUAAAUCAAA